GCACUACUAAGCGUAAAAAAUUAGAGAAUAGAAAAGUCCAACCGGCUAGCAGGCAAAGCAGAGCAUAGUCGGAAAUCCUUAGACCUUAGCCGCUGACACACGAGAAGAAAGCUCACCCGAGUCGGCGAGUGGCUAGCGUGCUAGACGGUGGCAGAUCAGCAGUAACCAAGAUUCCCAGGUUUCAUCUCCCAAUCUUCCAUUCUUAAUUACGUCUUCCUGUUCUUUUUGGUUGCGGAAGAGACAAGAAAUAAAUUGCUGGUUUCGUGGUUAAUGGCUAUGGACUUCAAAAUCGUUUUUCUACCGUAGGAUUUAUAGUUUUGUUGGAUUAAUCCUAGGCCCCUAUGAUACGACCACUUCCAAAAUAAACACAAGCAGCACUAAUCCCUCUUUCUCAAUUCUCGUAACUUUAAAAAAAAUCCAGUUCCUGGUUUACAUAUUUAAUGAUUUGAUGUAAAACAAAUCCCAGUAAAGUAAUGACUUGUUGAGCUAUGGUUUCGUGGUUAAUGGCUUUGGACAGGUGAUGACAUGAAAGAAUAUGCUACUUGCAUUGAUAAAUUUAGGGCUGUUAUGAGAUACGUAAAGAAUUCUCUUAAUAGGUUGAUGAUUUUUAAUCAACAAGUGGAGAGGUUGUAAGUAGAUUGUAGUUUGUCCUUGAUUCUUGAUUGUCCUACUAGGUGGAACUCCACAUAUGAAAUGUUGGACGUAGAUUUGAAAUACAAGGAUGUUUUUGUGAGAGUUGAUCUUCCUAGGGAGUUGGAAGAUAUGGUACGUUUGGAUCCCCCUAGUGACGCAGAUCGGGAGACGCUAAAUUAUCUCGUUGUCUUUUUGAAGGAAUUUUAUGAGUUGACUAAAAAUGUGUCGGGCUCGUUGUAUGUCACAAGCAACACUCUUUUCUUCCAUAUAUGUCAUACUCUUGAUUUGUUGAAAAAAUGGGUUGUUAGUGAUCAGCUUGCUAUGAAAAAUAUGGCAACUAAAAUGAAAGCAAAGUAUGACAAAUAUUGGGGUGAUAUUGAAAAGAUGAACAAGCUAAGUUGAUAUACAUGAGCACUGUUCUUGAUCCAAACUUUAAGUUGAUUGGAGUGAAGAUCGCGCUUGUUGAUACUUAUGGUGAAAAGAAUGCAGAACCUCUAUUUGAAAAGAUAAAGAAAUGUGCUUAUGAUUUGUUUGAGGAGUAUAGAAGAGUGUUUGCUCCUCCUGUUGUUAUUGAUGAGAGUGGGGUAACUAGUAACUCUAUAGCAACUUCUUCAUCCGUUAGUUCUUCUACUUUGAUGAAUCUUGUGAAGGAUCGCGUUAGACAAAUGAGUGGGUCACAACAUUUUUCAAGAAGCGAGUUUGAUCGUUAUGUUGAUGAAGAAAGAGGGGACGAGGAAGAAAGGGAUGUUUUGACUUGGUGGAAACUAAACAGUCCUAGAUUUCCGGUAAUAGCGUGUAUGGCUCGUGAUAUAUUAGUGAUAAGUUCGUAUUACAACACGCAUUUGAUGCGUGUUGGAGUCGGAUUUUAAUGGUUUUCCUAGCUUUAAGUUGUUGCAAGUCUCAAUUUUAGCUCAAGAUGUAAUUAUCAGGCGUUGGGUCGAGUUUUGUUGCAUUUGGAGUUGAAUUGAAGAAGUUAGAGACCGGCAUCGGUGCUUAAAGAGGCAAUCGGGAAGAUUUUGGAAGCAUUCGAGGAAUAUUUGAGAGCUUUGGAGGUCACCGGGAGGUUCACGAUGAAGAUUUGAAGGAAAAAGAGCUCUAGGAUUGGCUACGGGAUCAAAAGAAGAUGAAUGGACCUUGAAAUCAGUAAUCAGGAUGACCUUCUGUCAAUCGUUCAAGCAUAUCUCUUUGUAGAAACAUUCCAUGUACACGAUUCAAAGUCCAUAUGAAAUCUAACUUCAAGGGCUACAAAUCAUAUGAAGACACCUUUGCUAGAAUCUGAGAGAAAGAAGGUGAAAACAGACGAUGAAGUCAGAUGAUCUCUGCUGCGAUUUCAGAAUGAUACCUUCCACUGUUUUGAUCAUAUCUCUUGAAUGGAUGAUUCAAAUCACAUUCGGCAAAUUUGGGUGGAUAGAGAACUUCAUUAUCUACAACUUUCAUGAAAGAAGAAUUGCCAAUUUUGGAAGUUAAGUAGGCACGAUCGUGCCCUCAAAGUCAGGCACGAUCGUGCGUGAAGAGAAAGCAUCGCGGAGCUACUGCCAGGCAGGCACGAUCGUGCCUGGCUGGCAGGCAGGCACGCCGUGCCUGCCCAAAAUGCGCGUUUUUGCUCCGGAGGCACGAUCGCAGGCACAACCGUGCCUGGCGCCGUGCCUGACCCCGUUUUGUCCUAAUUCAGCCCAAAUUGUCUUAUUUCCUAUAAAUAACACCCCUGUAACCCUAAUAGGGGGGGGUGGAACUUUGAGAGCAAGCUUAAGGACGAAUUUGAGAGCUUUUUAGCCCUGGUUUUUUCUAUUCUUUGAGAUUCUUUGUAAGUUCCUACUUUUUGAUUAAUGACAAUUAAUUCUAUUCUUCCUAAUUCCGUUGAUUCUUCAAUUAUGAAUUGCGAGUAGUUUUAAUUAGGGAUUUGGGGUUGAUGAAGGGGUUUAUCAUGAUGUGUGGCUAGUUUCUUGAUGGUUUGAUUACAUUAAUGCCAUUUAAUUUGUGUUUGAAUAAUUUAACUAUUAUCUUUUGUAAUCUGUAAUGGCCACUAGAAUUGCAAUCGCAUGUAGGAUGAAUUAAGAGAGAUCUAAUUUGUUCUAGGACACAUUCACACAUACUUAAUCGUUCGCUAAGAGAUUAGUAACGAUUAAGGGGUCAUAAGCUCGUUCGUCUUGGCAACAAAUUAAGAUCCUGUCGCAUGAGAGAUCAGCUUAGUCCCCUAAAUUAUUGUACUCUACGCCGCGAGAGCGGUAAGAACUUAGUAUUGAUUAGUUAGGCUCAAUUAAAUUAAAUUCAUGUAUUUAAGCCCAAUCUGCCAGAAAUCUGAUUACCCCGGAAUCAAUCCCUGUUCCCUUCGUCGUUAAUUAAGAAGAACCCAAAUCUUUACUUUUAUUCACUCAUUCGCAUUAGUUUAAUUUCAAUUCAACCAAUCAAUCUCGCACCACGCAUUUAUUUAAUUUUAUUUCUUUUUAAUCGCUGAAUUUAGUUAAUCUUUAAUUCCCUUUUGUUCGUCCCUGUGGAGACGAUACUCGUACUUUCACCACUAUUCUACAAUCUUUUUAAGUGCGAGAAAACUCACAUCAAUUAGCAAUUUCGAUAUCAACUGCGGCAUCAGAGUCCGCAUUUAGCGCAGGAGGACGUACUCUAGAUCACUUUAGGAGCUCGUUGACUCCCAAGGUAAUUUAAUGUUAUUAUUCAGUAAAUUAACAUCAAUAUGUUUUUUAAAAGUUAUUUAUGUUUUUUUAUGUUUUUUGUUUUGCAAAUAGAUGAUGCAAGCGUUUAUUUGCGGUCAAGAUUGGAUUAGAGCUAAUUGGCGAAAAACAAGGAUAGAUGUGAUCAUGUGGAAGAAAAUUUAAUGGAAUUGCAUGAGGUGGAGAAAGGUUGUAAAGUUUAGUUAGGAUUUGUGGUGUCGGAAAGGAAGACUUUGAAGAGAAGAAAACAAGAAAUUUGACUGCCCAGGAGUGAAACCCGACCGGGUAGAAACCCUCACCCGGUCGGGUGUGAUUUAACAGACGAAAUUGCCAAGAAAGUCACUGGACCCGGUCGGGUCCCCUACUUGACCCGGUCGGGUCAGAUGUGACCCGGGACAAAACGACGUGCGAAGAUCACCAGAACGUGGCGGAUUAUCUGAUUUUGACCGGACCCGGUCGGGUAAGUACAAUACCCGGUCGGGUACCCGGCCAAAGGUGUUGAAAAACACCUAUAAAUAGCACACUUUUUCUUCACAAAAAAUCCAAUCCCUUUGUACAUCUAAGCUCAGUAUAGAAUAGCUUUUUCUUUAUAUUUUUCAUCAUGUUUAGUCUCCAAAUGAGGAGCUAAACUCUUCCAUCUUGGUUUUGCUACUUUGAAGCUUAAUGAAUUUGUAAGUUGUGAGUUAUUUUCUUUAAUCUUCUUCCUUGAAUAUUAAUUCUUCCUUUAAAUACUAUUUCUAUAUCAAUGUUGGAGAGUGUUACUAAGAUGACAAUUAGUUAACAUCUUGACAUUAGUUAUAGUAAUAGUUAUUUCUUCCUCUAUAUUAAUAUUGGGGAGUGUUACUAAGAUGACAAUUAGUUAACAUCUUGAUAUUAAUCAUAGU